ACGGAGAGAGAGGUUUGAGGUUCCCGUCUUGCUCGCUGAGGUCCCGGUCAUACUCGGUGCCCCCGGCCGGGCUGAGGGUGAGCAGGACACGGGUAUGGGCGCCGGUCGCUGACCCCAUGCCCCUCACCAAGAUGCCCGGCUGGGUGAUUCUGCCCAUCACGCUGCCAGCCUUCACCAUCACCGGCAUGUGGAUCGUAUAUGCAAUGGCACUAUCGAAUAACCACAUCUGCCCAGUCUCAAACUGGAUUUAUAAUCACAGCUGUGAGGUUAUGGAUGAAGGAACCUGCUGCACAUUGGAUCACAUUCCUCUAGUGAGUAAAUGUGGAAAUCUCCCUCCUGAGAGCUGCUUCUUCAGUCUGAUCUGCAGUUUGGGCUCCUUUAUGGUGAUGCUCAUCGGCCUGCUCCGUUAUGCCUACGUUAUUGAGCGAUAUGGCCCUUCGCUAUUGAAUACGGUCGCCUUUGCUUUGGGGUGGAUUUGUGCUGCCGGCCUCUCUAUGGUCGGUAAUUUUCAGGUAGAUCACGCCAAGGUCCUGCACUACAUUGGGGCGGGAGUUGCCUUCCCGACCAGCAUGCUGUUUAUAUUCCUCCAGUCUAUCCUGACUUACCGUAUGGCGCGGGGUUAUUGGUACUGCUGGACUGGACACAUCCGCUGUGUUCUCACCCUCUUUGGUCUGGUUGUUUUGGUGCUCAGUGGUGUUUUCUUCAUCCAGGAGGGAUUUGUAUUGCAGCACAUGGCUGCGCUUUGCGAAUGGACAUUUAUAAUCAACGUUCUCAUCUUUUAUGGGACUUUUGCCUUUGAAUUUGGGGCAAUCUCAACUGAUACGUUUCUUGUGCUCCUCAAAGCGAGCAGAGCGCCAAAGAGUUACAAAGCUGGAACUAGCACACCGAGCACACCUCAUGCCCACAGCACCUCUGAAAAUAUGGCAAUGAUUUAACCAAACCAGAGAUUUCACAGACUUAAUGUGCAAAUCCUGAGCCUUAAUGGACACACAGAAUGUGAGAACAUUUCACAGCACAAUGACGCUAAUCUGAAAGGGCUCCUCACAUGACCAAAAAUGAUAUAUGUAUAUAUAAAAUAUAUAUGAAUGUUGGGGAAAAUAAAGUUUGACAUUCAAAAGUUGUUGACACAGUAUAAUGGUAAAGCUAUUUUGUAUAUAGGGCAUUAAAAUAUCAACUGCAUAAAAAUCUUAUAUUUUUGAUAAAUUGUAUUCAUGAUUAAAGGGACAUUGUACUGUACAAUUUUCUUUGCUUUAAAGUGUUCCCAAUGAUCUGUUUUGCCUCUUGGAGUGCAUCAAAGUGUUUAUAAAUAUUUACUUUACCUUUAUUUUGUCAUUUAAAAUUGCUGAUUUUGUUAGUUGAAACCACCACCUCUACUGAAAAUAUUAAUGUUUUAUUAUUCUCUAUAAAAAAGCUAUGAAAAUUAGAGGCAGCAAAUGGCAAUCAAAUUCACAGGUGGAGUUGGGAGAUAUAGGUAAUAACAUUUCCCUUUUCAAUUGCUUUAAGUAUUGACCAUUGUGUAAAUACUGAAAUAUAAGACAAGUAGGGAGAGACAGAUGAGAUUAGGAGGUUUACUAUUUUUAAAGUGUCACCCCAUUUAAUUAGAUGUAUUUUUGAGAAAAAUGGAUUUAGACUUCAAUCAGGCAAAAAAACAAACAAAUGUACAGCUAUUUCAUAUUUAAAUAUAAAUACCAAUUUUAUACUCUGCAGGUGGUCAAACACGUUCUUGGGAACACAUUAAGGGGAAAACGGUUUUACACUAUGCUGUCCCUUUAAGAAUGACCCACAAGCCAAACUCAUUUAUUUCAGACUUGCCUAAGUAUUACUGAAUACCAGAUACAAUUCUUUAUCUGCACAGAUUCUAGCACGUUAACCUCUUGUUCUCUGUAGACUGUUGUCUGGUAGCCAGUAGGUUAAAAGAGCACAGACAUCCAGUUUUUCUAACAUGCAUUUACAAUUAUAGAUUUUAAACUCACAUUGCCAUGAGAAACUAGUGAUAUGAAAUCUAGUAAACUUAUAUUUUAUGCUGUAGCAAAGGCAGCCUCAGCCUGACAGUUUACAAAUGAUUUUAUUUGUCUUCAGCCAGUCCAGCAGCUAUAUUUGAUGCUACUAAUCCCUUCUAUUAAUAACAUUUGUAUCAGGCUUCAUAUUAAUAUUUUAUAAAUGUGCAAACAAAUCCAAUUUAAAUGUAUGGUAGAAAAUAUGGGCUUUCUUUUCUGUUUAAUCCAUGUUUAGCAGUAACGCUUAAGGCGGCGCUAAAUGUAUAAGCGUAUUAAGCAUUGCAAUGAGUCGUGCAUAUAAUUGUAGCAAAGGAUACCAAGUGCAAUACAACUGUGUAUUUUAGAAGCUGUUUGGUCCUGAAAACCCUCAGCCACCCAUUUGUUUUUAUUGACGCACCAGGCGUGCACCCAAUCACGUUGUGCCACCUGCCCCUAUUGCCAAUAAGCAGAGUACGCACUAGGUUCCGCUGUGGUGCUCGUUCUAUAACAGCUGCUUUGUAAGACUUUUGAUUGGCUGUGCCACCCAGUGUCUUUUUUUAUUUUAUUUUAAAUAAGAGCAUGGGAGAGAGGGACAGUGGGGGCAGUAAAAUUGUACCUAUGAGGCUCUGAUAUAGACAUUGAUAGGGAACUUUACACAAUAUAUGCGCUGCUCUGUGCAAUGCUUAAAAUGUUUUAAAAAGACGCAUCUGAUUCUCUAAUCACCUUUGAGGCCUUAAUCUAGAGCACUGGGUGUUUUUGUAGUUUGAUCUUGGUAUAAUGAGAAAAGGAUAACAUUGUCACAUGUCCCUUAAUGAGACUCAAUAGAAAUGACACGUGCACUAUGAAGUGUCCUUGCCCUGGCUCACCAGUGCCUUAUUAUGGUGCCUAACACAACAUAGGAUCGUCCAAGCACCAAAUUUUUGCCUUUAAUUUGGGUUUCAUUUUUCAGCAAAGUUUUUACAUUUUCAUUUUAUUUUAAUUUGGAGUUUAACCCUUGAUGGCAAAGCACUGCAGGGUUAUCUGACGUUACAGAUACAAGAGAGUUUUAUUGCAUGUUCGUGUCCUUUCCGAAUGCACCUACUUGUCAGCCUUGUUAAGACACGUCCUUGUCAAACAAUACAGCUGUGAGCCAAUGAGCAUGAAUACUGCAGAUAUGAGCUACGCGCUGUGUGCAUUUUCUGCUACUUUGCAAAUACAGGCUUAUAAGUGUUAGACUUUUUUUUUCCAACUUAUUUUAAAGGUACAUGAAAGUAAAACACAACGCCAAACCAUUCUGCAUAGUUCAAACUGUAUUUAAAAAAAUACACAUGGUUAGUUUGUGUAUUAUAAUAAUUUAAAGGUACCUCUCUUUUUCAAGGGGCAUUAAAUGCCAGAUACAUUUUAUGUACCUCUUUUUUUUUUAUCAUGGGUGCUGCCAUUUUGGAACUUAGGUUUCACUGCAGGUAUGUGAAGGAGAGUUGCUGCGCAUGCGCAAAUGUACCGGAAUACAGUGGAAGCUUGAUUUUAGCAUGGCGGUACCAUGACUAGAGGAAGGUGGGAAAAGUUAUCCUAGCUGACCCCAUUUCAAGCUUAUUGCUACCGUAUUACUCAAUAGUGAUUCAGCCUCUUGUGAGAAUGUGCAACCAGGUGUGUAAGCCUAAAGAACUGAUUCUCUUGAGCAAUACAGCCUCAGACUGGCUUGGUAGCGCAUGCUUUUUUAUUUCCUUUAUAUAAAAACGUGAAAUGAAGGCGGCCAGUCCAAGUCUGCAAGAAAAAUGCAUCAUUUACAUGUUUCUUUAAAUCAAAUGCGAGUCUGUGUGAACCUGUGUUUGCAUAUUUAGGAGGAACACUAACUUAUCCUUAUCUGCUUUUUAUAACCUUAUAGCAGAUAACUUGUGAAGUAAAUGUAAUUGUUACCAUAUCUGUGCCCUUAUGACAUUAACAGUAUAUGUAUUAAAAAAUAAAAUAAUAAUAAAGGGCAAGUGCAGCCUUUUUAUGGGGUUUUUGGCAAGUUUAUCUCACUUGAAUGAAGAGCUGAAAUUCAGUUUUGCACAAUUACACUUAAACCCUAAGCAAACCACAGUUCACCCAUUUGUUUUUAAUAAAUAAUAUUACAGCAACAGUUUGCUAUUGAAUUACUGUACAGUAAAAAUUCUGGUUAUGCUUGAAAUUCUCUAAUACAUUUUGUGCAAAUCAAAAAUCUGUAUUUUUUUCUUUUUACUAUCAAAGAAAAGUGUGAGUUUUUACAGUAUUUUUUUUCUUUUGGCAUUCUUACAGUAUAAACAAUAUUGUGUUAAACUUCCUGUUUAAUUUUUUUUUUUUUUUUUUCGGACAUCUGAAAAUGAUUUACCAAGAAAUAACUCCUGGACACUAAUGGUCUGUCAACUGCACCAAAUGUAACAUGAACUCUGUUUUGCUGGCAACACAAAAAAAAAUCAUUAAUGGAACAGAUACAAAUAUUGAUAGCUUUGUUUAUUUCCCAUAUUACAGUACAUUUUUAAUAAAUUUUGAACACUCAGAUGCA